CUUGUGAAAACAGUACGUAGGCACGAAUACCGCCGUUGCUUGUUUAUUUUCCUUUUCCAUCUCCUACCGGCAUUCACAUUUUAUUGAAAAAUCCACUGUUUUAAUUUUUGAUGGAAGGAAUUUCUGUUUCCGGUAGGAAAUUCCUCGACGAAUGCUCUAAUUCGUGCGUGACACAGUGAAGUUAGAUCCCUAUGAUCACCUAGUCUUUUCUCGCCUGUAUCCAAGAUUUAUAACUGAAAUUAUUUCCUCAUCAUUAACACAACUACGUUAUGUUUCACGACAAAGAAGACGAAGAUGCAGAACGUGAAGUAUCAGCUAAAGAACAAGUGUUCAAGAUCAUAAUAAUCGGCGACAGUGGCGUCGGAAAGACUUGCCUCGCUCAUCGAUUUUCCACGGGGAAAUUUCCUGAAAGGACAGAAGCGACAAUUGGGGUUGACUUCUGGGAGAGAUCGCUUACAAUAAACGGGUCGAGCGUUCGGUUACAAAUAUGGGACACUGCUGGUCAAGAGAGAUUUCGUAAAAGCAUGGUUGUUCAUUACUACAGGAAUGUGAGUGCUGUUAUUUUCAUGUACGACAUCACAAGGGAAGGCUCAUUCAGGGCUUUAGAAACCUGGUUACAGGAAUAUGAUCAUUAUGGACUCACUGAAAUUGAUGGUGAGGGCUGCUCAGUUCCAAAACUUAUGAUUGGUAACAAAUGCGAUCUUAUUCAUGAGAGAACAAUCAAUUCAAACGAAGCAAGAAAAUUUGCUGAUCUUCACAAUAUGCCAAUGUGGGAAAUUUCAACCAAGAAUGAUGAAGAACUGGAGACAAUUGAGUCCAUCUUUAUAACUCUUGCUCACAAACUCGUUAAGUCCAAAACUUUUAUGGAUCGGCCACUUCGUUAUACAAGUGAAGAUUCCAAUAGCCAAAGCACCAAAUCAAAAACUAAAUCAGGAAGAUUCAGAGGUUCACAGAAGAGAAUUAAACUCAAGAAUCAGUCAGGAGAACACAGGAAAAAUUGUUGUGAAUCCACGAACGUAGAUCGAUCUGAAUAUUUCAAACAUCAAAGCCAUCUAAACUCAAGAAACUUCGCACGUGAAAUGGAUGACUACAGCUAUCUUUUCAAAAUCAUCUUGAUUGGAGAUGCAAACGUCGGAAAAACAUGCUUGGUGAAGAGAUUUGCUAAAGGUUUCUUUACACCUUCUCAGGGCCCUACAAUCGGCGUGGAUUUCACGAUACGAACCGUAGAAGUCGAUGGUGAAAAAGUGAAGCUGCAAGUAUGGGAUACUGCAGGCCAAGAACGCUUCCGUUCUGUCACGCAGAGUUACUACCACAAUGCAGAUGGAGUCAUUGUAACAUAUGAUAUCACCAAUCGAAAAUCAUUUGACAACUUACAACAACAUUGGCUUGAUGACGUCCAUAGAUUUACAAGCAAGAAAGUGCUUAUGUAUAUGGUAGGGAACAAGAGAGAUUUGUCACAAGAGAGAGAAGUGGAUUCUGGGAGUGCGCAAAUGAUUGCAGAACAAGAAAACUGUAUUGCCAUGGAAACAUCUGCCAAAGAAGCUGACAAUGUAGAGAACUUGUUUAUGAGUUUAGCUACACAGUUGAAGAGAAAUGUUAAAAAUGUGGAGGGUAACGAAACAAAAGACAAUCCAACUGCUGACGAGAAUGGCACUACUGGGGUUAACCUUGGAGGCCAUUCAAUUUGUGCGCGGGGACCCCUCUCUUGUUGUAGAGUAUAGAAAUAUUGACAGCAUUAAUGAUUCAUAAAACAUGGAUUAAAAAACUCAACAAAUUCCAAACCAUCCCAAGAAAGGAAAGACUUUUAUGUUAUUUAGGAAAGAGUUCAAUAACAACAUUUACAAUUUUGCAAAUUUUACCAUAGUGGGAAGAAUUAAACUUCUCUGUUUAUGAUAUUAAGUACAAAAGUAUAUUGGGCAUCAUGACCGCCUCUCCCAAAAAAAUCACUCAUAAUUUUCAAAAAGAUUCUAUGUGAAAUGAACCCCAUAACUUAUAGAAAUAUUGAUAUUAUAGUCACACAAAACAAGUAGACAAGUUUUCAUACCAGAUUCAGUCAAAUAUAUAUCAAUUGUUAAAGGGAAAAGAUCAUGUAUAUAUUGUAUAAAAUUAGUUGGUGAGGAACAUUUGUAUUCAAUUAUAUUUUUCUGUAUAAAUGACAAUUUUCUGCAAAGGAUUAUUAAAUAUCUUUCCAAGUGAAGCUACA